AUUUUACACUUUUCUUUCUAUUCUUUUUCAAUCUCUCUCUUUUUUUUUUUGCAUUGUCCUUUUUUUUUCUUCUAUAUCUUCUUCUCGGACAAACCUAUUCAAUAUAUAAUAUACUACUUUGAACAAAAUGGCCAACCUUAAAGGAGACGAUAUUCACUUAUCAAGACAAGAUGGACAAGAUGAUAGUCAAGAACCCUUUUUACCACCACCUGCCUCAACACCUUCCGAAAAACAAAAUGGUACCACUCUUAUAGCUUUGGUUAUUUUAUUUUAUUUUGCCAUCUCGUUAUCUGUGGUCUUCCUUAAUAAGAUCAUCAUGAGUGGAUCUGACUUUCCUUAUGCUUUAUUCGUUACUUGGUAUCAACUUGUUGUAGCAUUGGUUUUACUACUUGUUUGGGCACAUCUUGGAAAAUCGUACGCCAUGUUUAGUAUUAUUCCUCCUUUUGAAUUCAAUACUACUAUUGCUAAACGUGUAGCCCCUUUGACCUUUGUAUAUGUUAUGAUGUUGGCUUUGAACAACUUGUGUCUCAAAUAUGUAGAAGUAACUUUUUAUCAAGUUGCACGAUCAUUAUCCAUCAAUUUUACUAUCUUAUUCACCUAUCUUAUUCUGGGUAAGACCACUUCAGCUCCUGCCUUAAUUGCUUGUGGUAUUGUAUUUCUUGGAUUUGCUAUCGGUUCUUAUGGAGAAAUCAACUUUUCAUGGGCUGGUGUUUUCUAUGGUGUUGGUUCAUCUGCUUUUGUGGCUCUCUAUGGUAUCUACGUACAAAAAACCUUACCUGCUGUAGAUAACAAUCAAUGGAAAUUAUUACACUACAAUACUACUUUAGCUAUUUUGUUCCUUUUCCCUCUUGUUUUGGUUUCAGGUGAACUUUCCGACAUGUUGGCCAAUAGUAUGGAUGUCAUGUACAGAGUGAAUUUUUGGGUAUUAAUGACUAUUACUGGUAUUACUGGUUUUGGUAUCAAUAUUGCCAUGUUCUUGCAGGUCAAGUAUACUUCUGCAUUGACAAAUACCAUUUGUGGAACCGCCAAGGCAUGUGUACAAACUAUUCUAGCUGCUAUGAUAUUUCAAAAUCCAAUUUCUAGUUUGAAUGGACUUGGUAUUAUAUUAGCCUUGUUUGGAUCUGGAUAUUAUGGUUGGGUACGAUACCAGGAACGAAUUGCAAAAUAGAAACCUUAGAUUUACAACAGUAUUUUAUGCAUCAUCCAAUAAAAAACCUUUUUUUUUUUUUCUGAAAA